AUGGAGAAGCUGUUUGUGUUGGUCCUUGCUCUCACUCUGCUGGUCUUCUCCUCAGAAGCCUCCCCAAUUCUGACAGAAAAGCAAGCCAAACAGCUCCUGAGGUCCCGGCGACAGGACAGACCCAGCAAACCCGGAUUCCCGGACGAGCCCAUUCGGGAGUAUGUGCACCACCUGCUGGCCCUGGAGCACCGUGCUGAGGAGCAGUUUCUGGAACACUGGCUGAAUCCCCACUGCAAGCCUCACUGCGACAGGAACCUGGUCCACCCCGUGUAA